UCCGAGCUCUGCCCUCCUCAUGCACAAGCGCCCUCUCCUCUCUCGUCAACAAGAUCCCUUCUCCAGCUUCCAUUAGUCCGCUACCUCCUGUGGUUCUUGAGUCUUGACGUCUUCCUAGUAUCCUACGCGAUUGGAGGGGUGACGAUUCUUGUGGCGACGGCGGCGGCCAUGGACCCGUGGAUCGGCGGGCAGCCUUCCCUGAGCCUGGACCUCAACGUCGGCCUGCCCAUGGCGGGCCCGGCCCCGCCAGCGACCAAGGUCCUGGUGGAGGAGAACUUCCUGCCCGUCAAGAAAGACAGAUCAGAGGUCGAGGCGCUGGAGGCGGAGCUCCGGCGAGUGGGCGAGGAGAACAAGCGUCUGAGCGAGAUGCUGCGGGCGGUGGUGGCCAAGUACACGGAGCUGCAGGGCCAGGUCAACGACAUAGUGGCCGCCGCGGGCAACAACAACCGCCAGUCCUCCACGUCGGAGGGCGGCUCCGCGGCGUCGCCGUCCAGGAAGCGGAUCCGGAGCGACAGCCUCGACCGCAAGCUGUCGCCGCCGUUCGCCAUCCCGGUCAGCGCCGAUCAGAUGGAGUGCACGUCGGCCGCCGCGGCGGCCGUCUUCCACGAGCCAGGAAGGCGCAUCCGGGAGGAGUGCAAGCCCAAGGUGUCCCGCCGAUACGUCCACGCCGACCCCGCCGACCUCAGCCUCGUGGUGAAAGAUGGGUACCAAUGGCGGAAGUACGGGCAGAAGGUGACCAAGGACAACCCGUGCCCGCGGGCCUACUUCCGGUGCUCCUUCGCGCCGGCGUGCCCGGUGAAGAAGAAGGUGCAGCGCAGCGCGGAGGACAAGACCAUCCUCGUGGCCACGUACGAGGGCGCGCACAACCACGGGCAGCCGCCGCAGCACGACGGCAAGGCCGCCAAGCCGCUACCGCCGCCGCAGGCGAGCGAGGCGGUCCGGGCGGCGCCACUGCCUUUGCAGCAGCAGCAGCAGAGGCACGAGGCCGCGGCGGCGGCGGCUGGGCCGUCGGAGGUCGUGAGGAAGAACCUGGCGGAGCACAUGGCGGCCACGCUGACGAGGGACCCCGGUUUCAAGGCGGCGCUCGCCAGCGCGCUCUCCGGCCGGAUCCUUGAGCUCUCGCCGACCAGGGAUUAACUAGAGCCUGAACAAUGAACGAUUAGUCCGUAGAUAGCGAAUUGAUUCAGACGAUUAGCCGCGAUAGCUCAAAGGAUUUCACAAAGUAAAUUCGAGUUGCCUGAUUGCUUAUGGCAUCGAUGACUUGGUGCGCCGGCCAUUGCUAUUGCAAAUUCAAGCUCUUGACGACGAAGCCUGGAUUAGCUCUAUGUACGCGCUUGUCGCCCGGCGCUCGGAUUUAUUGGAUGCAAACUUGCUAAUGUAAGGAGCAAUCACAAUUCGCGAUUAAGAUCUUGAAGAGAGCAUUUUUGUGCUUGUGCGGCGCUGUAUGUAGACUGUAGAAUAUCAUUGCAUGCUGCGUGUGUAAUCGGCAAAGAAUUAAGCUCCGUGCAAAUGCACCCGGGGCAAAUCCCUUUUGAUAGUAUUUUCAUCUGAUUGGGCGGUUGCUAUUU